AUGUCGCUGAUAAAGUGGCAUAACCAAUGGCCGGAUGGAAUACCCUCCUGUGUUCGCCGGCACGAAAAGCCCGUGGAGAAUGUGGAAUCUAUCACCUGCGCUUGGAGGCGUUUUGUUCGCGAGCAGUGGGUCGGUGGCAGCGACAUAGAUCAACAGAGGCGAGCUCUGAUCGAACGAUGGGCAACUGCUGACCAGGAAUUUCGCGAUGACUAUGAGCGUCGAGCUAGAGUGGAUGAACCACCUUUUGAUGGCCCUGAAAAUGAUCCCUGUCUUUCCGGAUAUCUGAGCUUUCAACUUGACGAGGUCUACGUCUGUAUCUCCCAAUGGACUGCUGAGACACAAGCUCUACUCGCCAAGUGUAUUAUUUCAUUAUUCGGACUAGACUGCGGUGACGGGCCUCUGGCAUCAGAAAUAUCACUACUGAUGCCCCUCGAAGAAAACCAGUGUGAUUUGAUAGACAACUUCAAGUUCCGUCAGAGUGUUGCCCGGCCCGACUUCCAGGAUGUGCAUAUGAUGCAGGACGGAACCGUGGUAUUCGCGAAUGACACCCCGAAACUUAUCAUUGAUGACCAUACUCUUGAAACUGGACUUGCACUUUGGAUCCAAUACGAAACAAACGGAUUCCGGGAACGAGUUUAUAGAGUUCAAUUGCUCUCCAAGGAAUUUCCUGACUUGUUUCGCGAUGUGCAUCUCAAUAUGAACUCUUUAGAGGUCACGUUAGGGUUCAUGGAGGAUGCUGACGAAGACGAGGAUGAGAAUUCAUAUAUGUUUUGGCAGGAGAAGCCGGUUGAUAUGCGUCGUCCAUUCCUGGAAGUGUAUGGGGGUGCAGAUACGAAGACAUCUGCUCGACUUGACGAAUAUGCGCCUGGAUACCGGGCAGCUGAGACCCUGGGCAAUGGCUUAGCAAUUGGGUAUAAUUUGGAACAAAUUCUGCUUAACGAUGGACAUCCGACGAGGAUCAUAGAAAGUUGA